UUCCGGUUACUAUCCGGAUUUUGAUAAUUUCUAUCUUAAACCGCAAACGGACUUCAAACGCAUCCGUAGUAUAUAAAGAUCCUAAAUGACGAAUUUGAAUAUUAUAUUAAGCAAAUAGUACUUGAAAGUGUAUUUCCUUCGUACUAAUUUUAAAAUAUGAAAGUAUCCAAAUUAAGUGUGUACACGUUGAUCACCAAUCUUUUUUGGCUCGUCGAUGGAAGAUAUAAUUUUCUGGAAUACGAUAACGGACAGCGAGAAGAGAUAGUGGGUUGCAAAAAUGUAAAACAGACAGUUCAUAAUGUAAUGAAAGAAGUUAAGUGUAUGCCGAGAACGACUUUGAUGAAACUCGUCCUUAACAAUGAAUAUACUUAUUAUCCUGACGUGAUACCAUUGAAAAGAUGUCACGGUCACUGUCGUCAUUUAACUUGUUUACCGAUCCAAACCCAAAUGACAUCUAUUGCUCUUCAACGUUCUCAUAUAAAUUCGUCAACGAUAUCCUGUGUUACGGUCGAGGUCGAAGAACACACGCAGUGCAAAUGUGCUUGCGAAGUUAUGAGUUAUCAUUGCAAUAGCAAUCAGAGAUACGUGAAGAGAGAUUGCGAGUGUAAGUGUAUAAAUGAUAAAGAAAAAGAGGAAUGUAUGAUGAAGUCGAACAUGAUUUGGGACCCUGAAAAUUGCAAAUGUAUGUGCAAUAAAAUGGAAGAGCCAUGUUCUACUGGUCUGAAAUGGAUCCGCGAAGAGUGCGCUUGUGGGCAAAUCAUAAUGUACGGAAAGAAUUGAACAACGACGAUAACGUGAGAAUCAAUAUGACUUACCUUCGAUCUAAUAUUCAAUGAAAGUGCCAAUGAAAUAUAUAUAAUAUAUACAAAUCGUACUUACAUUAAUGAUCAACGAGCUAGGAAAAAAGAAAAAAAAAAAAAAAAAGAGAGAAAGAAAAAAAAGUAAAAGAAGUUUUAUUUUUCAGGCCGCUGCAGUAGUAGUCGUAUCGAUAUAAUCCCCGAAAUUAGUCCAAGUAUGAUCCCACAAUUUUGGAUCAGCUUUUUUGUUCCAUGGCAAAUUGCCUGGAGGAAUUGCCGUAGCAUUAAAUUUUUUCACUUCUUCCUGUAAUUUCUUCAAUAUCGUGGGUAGUCUGCGAAUAAUCACGCGUUAAUUAAAUCACGAUCAAAUAAGUAAAUAUUAUCGAAUAAUUAUUUUCAUUUGAUCUACUCACUCUUGAGCCAGAUUAUUAUCCUCGCAAGGAUCUUGAUGAACGUUGAAAAGGCAUGGUGCUUCUAACGGUUUGCAUGCGGGUAAAGAGUCGUUUUUAGGUGGGCAUUUGAUCAGCGAACUAUCUCGAAGUUCAUGGAUUUUCUCUGGCGUUAGAGAGAGACCUAAACUGGUUAUUGCACGACCUGCCAUGCCACCAAUUACUGCACCAAUGUUAUACACCCACUCUCUUCCGGAUGGACCAUACCAUCCGUCCCAUGCGCCAUUAUAAGUAGAACCUUGUAAAUGAACGACCUUCUCUUACGAUUUCAUAACAUAAAACUGUUUUAACUCACUCACGAUCGAACUAGUAAUUACAAAAGAUCAUAGAUCAAACAGAUGAUGUAAUGACUUUAAAUUAUAUGUUUGCUGAUUUCAUUAUACUUGAUUCAUAAAUUUACCUUUUAAUGAA